AUGUUGUGUUUGUUCUCAGAUGGGUUCAAAAUGUAUGUGGUGUCUCACUGUGACUUUAACUCCACUGAGUCGAAGGACAUCAAGUACCUGAGAUCUUACUAUUAUAACAAGAUCGAGGUCACCAGGUUUGACAGUGAUGUGGGGAAGUUUGUUGGAUUCACUGAGUUCGGAGUGAAGAAAGCAGAGACCUGGAACAAUGAUCAGGCAUUCCUGGCUGGAUGGAGAGCUGAGAAGGAGCGGUACUGCCAACACAACAUUGGUCUCUGGUACAGCAAUGUUCUGUCUAAAUCAGUUAAGCCGUACGUCAAACUUCACUCCACAACACCUGCUUACAGUCGGCAUCCUGCCAUGUUGGUCUGCAGCGUCUAUGACUUCUUCCCCAGUAAGAUCAAAGUGAGCUGGUUGAGAGAUGGACAGGAAGUCACCUCUGAUGUCACUUCCACUGAGGAGAUGGCAGAUGGUGAUUGGUACUACCAGACCCACUCACACCUGGAGUACACACCCAGGUCUGGAGAGAAGAUCUCCUGUGUGGUGGAGCACGCCAGCCUGGAGAAACCUCUGAUCACUGACUGGGACUCGUCCAUGCCUGAGUCAGAGAGGAACAAGCUCGCCAUCGGAGCCUCAGGACUGAUCCUGGGUCUGAUCUUAUCUCUGGCUGGAUUCAUCUACUACAAGAGGAAGGCCCGAGGUCAUAUCCUGGUUCCCACUAACUGAGCCUGGAUCCUGGUCCUGGUUCUGUCUGAUGUUAUAAAAGCUGCUGCUUCCUGUGUUCAGACUGAUGAUGAUGAUGA